AUGUCCAAGUCAAAGGAGAGCCGCCCUGCUGAGGGCUUCCACCAAGAUUAUAUUGCAUCGCUUCGGUAUCGCAAUGAUCUGCCACCACCAGAGAUGCCCCCAAAGUUUCUCGACAUUCCCCACGAGGGAUUGGAGCGCUUUCUUGCUCCUGGAUUUGCGACAAAUAUGGCGAGGCGCGAGGAGCCUGGCAUUGACGUUGAUGCUGAGGGUGGCAUGCCUAUUGACCUCGUUGGUAUCCCUGGUUUGCAUCUGGGUGAUGAAAGUGCUAUUCUCAUGCCGGAAACUGCACCACCACCUGAUCCUCGCGACUUGCCGUUUCUAAUUCCCUUGGACCAGCUUAAGAACCCAUCGGUGAAAAACUCCAAUGUCAGUUUCCUUAGACGAACACAGUACAUUGCCGCCGAACAACGCGGUCCCGGGGGCUUCAAGUCCGCACCCGGAAGACCAAAGCCGCGUCUUGCAGAUAAAACGAAAUUGACCAAUGACGAUCCUCUCUACAUCAAGAAAUAUAUCAUGAAGGGAUUCGAUAUUGCCUAUCCACAAAGCAAACAUACGGGAGAAGAUAGUGCCGAGCGCAUCAAGGGACAGCCCGCUCAGAAACCGGAGCUUGACGCUUGGGCAAAACCUGUUCAUCCUGAUAACCCCAAAUUAAAGCCCGUGGGUUUCUUCCCAGUUCUACCGGACUUGCAAGGAUAUCCCGAUCCCGGUGGGUUUGUCCAGUUCAAGUUCGACAAAAAGCCUUUGUUGGCAGCCUCUGGGAAACGCGAUGAGCGAAUUGACGUUGGCCUUUUGUACCCGUCUGCCCCUCCUGACGAGGUACUUGAGGAGCAUGAAGCCAAGGCCAAGUUGCACAAGACCAACCCAAAACUUUACAAAGAUCCCGGCCCGAUUCCGUGGGAUUAUGAUCUUUUUGUUCCAGAGAACAAGAAUUCCACAAAAAUCAAGCAAAGUCUCGACCCGUUGAACCCUGAUCGAAACAACGAAGAGCUCUACACCCAUGACGAUGGAGAAAGCAAAUACCAUCGUUAUGAUAGGCUUCGGACGUAUUCCACAAAGGCUCAGCAACUCAACCAAGAACAGAAACAGCGCGACAUUGCAUUGACGCUUUUCGAUCCUGCCCAAUCCUCGAAGAGUUCAGCCGAGGGUACGACCAAGGCUGCUUAUUAUUAUCCAAUUUUAGGCAAGAUGCGCCUAGCACCCGAACGUGCUCGUAAAAUUGCAAGGGCUGGCCUAGCUCCUAGUCGAGCCGAGUCCUCCAGAGAGGACCAAGCUGAUCAAAUCCAUGUCACGGCUCGUGAUCCCGACGAGGCAGAAAUCUAUAAGCGAAGCCUGCACCGUGGCAACGUGGACCCAGAAUUCAAGAAGACCUUGCCGCCACCGCCCCAGGAGUUGGAAGCAGAUGAGAACGGAGAUGAGGACGCCGAUGCCGAACCUGAAGUCUUUGAGCAGGCCCGUGAAGGAGGAUCCAGUCCUGCACCAGAAGCAGAAAACAGAUCUGAUGAUGAAUCUUCGUGA